AUGGUAAGUCUCGCUAUGAUGAUAGACUCCUUGCAUCCCCCGCCUGGCGCACUUCUCACCGUGGGUUCCUGCUUGUCCUUCCUGUCGCGUGACCACGGCAAUCCCUCCUCCCAUACAACCCAAGCGGUGACGGGGGAGCACCGUGCAGAUGCCUCCUCCAGCGGUCUCCGCUCGACCUCAAAUGCAAUCACCUCCUCCAACUACCCCUCGACUUCCCUAGCGAGGGCUACGUCCCGCAGUGACCGACGCGCCUCGACGCCCGUCCCCCAGCUAGCCCUGAGCGAGCAUUUCAACGCUCCCAUCCGCCCGCAUGUCUGGUACAGCAAGCGGCGCACCUGGUCUCGCACGCAGCUCGAUCAGGAACGCAAGGAAUUCUUCGAGACCCGUGUCACCGGCCGGUCGGAGGUAUGGGCCGCCCUCGCCACGUCCAUCUCGCUCAUGCACGCCGACGACCUCACCACGGCGCAGAGCAUCAUCGACGCGGCGGGCGUGACUGUCCCCACAGGUGACCUCUGCCAGGGCUGCUACGACGAGCAGGGGGUGCUCUACCGGCUGCCGCGGUGUAUCGUGAGUGACCCGGAGAACAUGGUACGGGAUGACUCGGCGAGCCGCCGCGGCGAUGUAUACAAUGAUAACGACUUCGAUACCGACGACGCCAAGUUAUCGCUGGACGAAGCAUCCGGUGAUGAGCUGAUCUGCGGUGAGUCUAGGCACCGCCGGGAUGAGAAGGGUAAGAUGAGCGAGCGCGAUUUAAUCCGCGUCAAGGCGCGCCUGAGCGACGGCAGCGGUUCGGAUGUGGUUGUUUCGGUCGGUGCGGCUCAGAGCGUGGGCUUGAUUGCCCGCAGGGUGCAGCAUGAGGCCGGGAUCCCUGCCACUCAUAGAGUCCGGAUCGCCUAUCUAGGCAGGAUGCUCAAAGAAAACGCAUCCCUCAUGGAUCAGGGCUGGAAAGCCGGCAACAUAAUCAACGCCUUGGUCGUUGCCAAACCUCCUCGGUCAUGA